AACAGUUGCUUCCGUGUUGCUUUGAGCGCGGACUCAACGGACUAUGCAUUUGGAUAUUUGGAUGUACGAUUCAAGACAAAAAGGGGGAGUUAUCUCUUUAUUCAGCUAUUGGUGAACGUUUGAAUAUUAUAAAUGUGGUGAAAGUAUCGCAGUGACCAUCAGAACAAGUAAUGUCCUGUGGGUUUAUAUCGGUUUGCUGUUUUAGGAGGAUAAUUAAACACCGUCGCGAAAAUGAUAAUGUUGACAUGAUGCCCGCACGUUCACGACUUUCUACAUGAAUCCACUUGGUUUGGCCGCAGGGAUCUUGUUUUAUUUCUGUUAUUUUGUCUCCAGCCCACAAUGCCCAACACCAGUGCAAGGCCCAAGCAUGGCAGAAGGACCCGGAGGCGACGCAGAACGGAGGACCUUGCCAGGGACCAGCUAGUCUCCAGUUCCCUAGAGAGUGCCCAGCAAUGUUUGUACAGCCAGGAUUAUGGAACAGCUUUUGCGCACUACCUCCUCAUUCUCAACCUGGCUCCUGUGUUUAAGGACUUUGCAAGGAAAAAUAUACAUGGAAACAGCGUUCCCUCGCCCGGACGCGGGUCACCAGGGCUUCCCUUCUAGAGCCAGACCUGGAGGUGGGGCAAGUUGGCGAGCACCUGGUAGCUCGGCUUUCAUCCAUGGAGCCCAGCCAGGCACAGCCUGGAGAAGAAAUGAGUCGUUCAGGUUCACUCUCUUCAAGUGGGCUGAAGAGCUGGACUCUGUGGGACGCAUUCAGGAACUCUUCGACUGCUACGAGCAGGCACUCGGAAUUUUCCCAGCUGACGAAGUCAUCAUUAACAGCAUGGGCGAACAGCUGUUCAGAAUGGGAUUCAGAGAUGAAGCAGCGGGUCAUUUUCACAAAGCCUUAAAGUUGAGACCAGACUACCCGGAAGCCAGAGAAAACUUUUACCGUGUGGCCAACUGGCUGGUGGAGCGUUGGCAUUUCCUCAUGCUCAACGACCACGGCAGGAACCAGAAGUACCAGCAAGCCAUUCAGAAGGCUGUUCAGGGCGGCUGCAGCACUGUACUUGAUAUAGGUACUGGCACUGGAAUCCUUGGCAUGUGUGCCAAGAAGGCUGGGGCUGCUGAGGUGUUUGCCUGUGAGCUGUCCAAAACCAUGUUUGAGUUAGCUUGUGAGGUGGUGGCUGCUAAUGGGAUGGAAGGUAGCAUCAAGAUUCUCCAUAAGAAAUCUCUUGAGUUGGAAGUGCCAACAGAUAUCCCACACAGGGUGUCCCUGGUGGUGACGGAGACCGUGGACGCUGGACUGUUUGGUGAGGGCAUCAUAGAGAGUCUCAUUCACGCCUGGCACAACCUUCUGCUGCCUCCAAAGAGCGAUGAGAAUGAAUUCAAAGAAGAGUCUACCACAGGGAGAGUCAUCCCCGCUGGAGCCACAGUCUUUUGCAUGGCUGUUGAGUGCCUUGAAAUCCGCCGACAUCACAGGCUCUGUGUGACGGAGGUGGGUGGUCUGUCCAUGGAGGCGGCCGGGGGACUCCGCAGUCCGGUGAGCUGCAGCUCUGAGCCGGAUGACUCCACGGAGCCGUACACCACAGAGAGACUCAGCAGGCUGCCAGGAGGCUACACACCGCUCACCCAGCCAUUCACAGCUCUAAAUAUAGAUUUCAACAAUGUUCACGAACUGGAAGGCCUGAGCUCCAGGGAAGUUCAGGAAAUCUGUCUGCCUGUCACUGAGGAGGGACAGCUGGACGCCCUGGCUGUGUGGUUCCAGCUCCACCUGGACGAGGAGAACAGUCUGUCUACUGGACCCCAGGAAGACACCUGCUGGGAACAGGCCAUCUAUCCCUUCCACAGCACCGUGUGUUUUGUGCUAAAGCCACGAGACGAGUUGAUCGUUGAAGUGUCCUGCCGUGACGCCUACCUGAGACUCAGCAGUGUCGCUGUGCUGAGAGACGGGCAUAAAAUUCAUCUGGAUGGGGGAGCGGAGCUGAAACGUUCCGGAAAUCUCGUUCCGAACCCAGAAGCAGAACUGUGCAGUGCUUUAGCAUGCCUCCAGACAAACCACAGUCAGUCCGAUGACUUCUGCAUCCUGGAGUGUUCGGAGAUGGCGCUCCUGAACAAUCAGGAGUACCACCAGAGUUUUUGUGGUGCGUUAAAUAAGCUCAUUUCCCAGUUAAAGGAUAAAAACAAUGAGCAAGAAUGCGCCACAUCCAUGCCAGUCGGGAGCCCGCUCUAUGUGCUGGACGUGUCUGAGGGUUUCUCUCUGAUCUCCGUCAUCGCGGCUCGGCAGGGUGGCGUGAAAGCCUUCAGCUCGGUGGAAAAGAACAAGCAGCAGGAAGUUCUGAGGAGACUCUCUCGGUCCAACGGGAUCUCCGUGCAGCAUCUAGAGUUCUGGCUUAACCACAAGGAGGAGGAACAGGGGGUUCUUCAGAGACCGUCCACGGAGAAGCUGUGGAGCGCCAUCAUCCUGGACUGUGUGGAAACGUGUGGGCUCAUCAGACAAAAGCUGAUGGAGAAAGCUUCCCUGGCCAGGUGUUUGCUGGAGGAAGGUGGGCGCAUUUUCCCAGAGAAGGUCGUUGUUUAUGGGAUGCUGGUGGAGUCGGACACGCUGCUUCUGGAAAGUGCCGUUCAGGGUCGGGAGCCAACUCUGGGGUUCAACAUCGCUCCAUUCAUCAAUCAGUUUACUGUACCCGUUCAUGUCUUUCUGGACUUUUCCACACUGAAGUGCAGACGGCUCAGUGAGACUCUAGAACUCUUUGUUCUGGACCUUAUGGAUUCUAACGCAAACUACACCAGCAGAGAAGUCAAGGUCCAAGCCACAUCUGCAGGGAGAUUAACUGCAGUUCCCUUCUGGUAUCACAUCCAUCUGGACCAGGAGAUUAGCGUGAGCACGCUCCACCAGAACUCUCACUGGAAACAGGCAGCUGUUGUUCUGCAGCAGCCUCUGGAGGUUCUGGAAGGAGACUGGAUCUGCCUCGCUGUGAAGCUUCAUGAAAGCUCCAUCUCCAUCUCAGCUUGUGUAGCAAACUCUCCUCUACAAAUGGACUGAUCCCUUUUAUGAUGUCAACUUUUAUAGUUACAGAUUUUUGGUCUUUUCACGGUCUGUUGGAAGUGUUUUGGAUGCUGCACUUUCUCCCCCUCCAGUGUCAUUUUUCAUGUAUCGCUUCACCAGUGGGAGUCUGGUUCAUCAAUAUUUAAGUCUUUAGUUAUGGACUUAAUUCUGCUUUACUGUAGUCAUUAAGAAAAUGUUCAUGUAAACAUAUUUUCAAGAUGUUUGUCUGAAUUAAACUGCUCAGUACCGCUGACAUUUAAUUAUUAAAUGCAAGAAAAGUG